AUGGCCGCUCGCUCAGCCGCGCAGGAAGGUUUUGGGGGAAACUCCGAUUUCGCGGCGUUUAGGGCUUGCGAGGAGGCGGUGCUGCGUCAGAUCCCGGUCUCCGACGACGACGAGCAGAUCCUGCAGCUGUUGAUGAGCUCCGACUGUAUGAAAUCGAUGGCGAUCGUGCUCCAGAGAGGGAGCGGCGAGGCCAGAUUCGGCGUGCUUGUGUCGGCGCUCAUGGUCGGCCUCGCCAUUGUCUUCGCGCACGGUGCUUUUAGGGUUCCGGAAGAUCUCUUCCUCGACGAGGCGGAGCCACUGGCUAGGGUUCCCAGCCUCCUCUCCUUCCUCGCCGGCGGCGCUCCCGCUCCUCAGCCGCCCAUCGCCGCUAGGGCUUGA